AUGAUCAUCUGUGAGCCUCGUAACGGAAACAACUUUUUUUGCUCGUGUUUGGCUGGUGAUAACUAUAAUUAUAUCAGCCAAAGAUGUGAGAGUGCCAAAGUUUUCCCUGGAAAACUAAACCUGCCUGGCUCAGAAUACACUCAAAAAAUGACUGAUAAGACAUCAAAAGAGUUUCUAGAGUUUUCGGGGGUCAUUUCUGAUGAGUUGGAUGCUGUUUUCAAAGGAACUGAUGGUUACUAUAACUCUACAGUGCUGGAACUUAGUGAGCUGUCCUCUAAAGACGGUAAAGUUUGGGCUACACCAAAGAAGGGGGUCAGUGCAAUUGUAGAGAUGAUCUUCAGUCCAAAUACUGAUAUCAAAACAGAUCAACUUACACAGAUGGUGAAAGAAGCCACCACAUGUACUGAUGGCUGUCUCCUGGCAGGUGCAACUUUUGUUGAUACAGACCUGUGUAAGAAGGAGCCCUGUGAUCAGGAGUCUACAAAAUGCCAUUCGGAAGAUGGAUCUUUUGAAUGUACCUGUCUAGAGGGUUACGUUAAGACGAAUUUCAGUAGCAGAAUGUGCAUUGCGUGUCCUAGCGGUCAACAAGCUGAUGACUCCGGAAAAUGUUCCGACUGUCCCUUUGGUUAUUCCGGUUUAAACUGCAAGGAAUCAUGGAAGCUGUGGUUGGUCAUCGUUGGCUCCGUGCUUGGGGGACUGCUGCUCAUCACACUCAUUCUUCUGCCUAUAGUGGCAUGCAAAUCCUCAAAGAAGAGCUCCAAGAAGGACAAAAAUGCUGACAUGGGGAAGCCUUACGUCAGCCACCCUCCUGUCAAGCAACCAUUGGUUAACAGCAGCUUUGCUAAAAGCCAGGCUCCCUCGUUUAAUGUGCCAGCCAACGGGCUGUCAGCCUAUGCCAAUGCUGGGGUGCCUAGGAUCCCAAGGGCCACAACCACAAACAGCUGGGACAGCAGAACCAACCUGGAGAUGACUCCGAGUAACAGCCGACAAAACCUGGUCCCUGUGGGGAGGAACUCGCGUUUCUACGACAACCAUGAUGACAUGAACCAGUAUGCCCAGGCUCAACCCCAGAACAGCCUCUAUGCCCAGGCUCAACCCCAGAACAGCCUCUAUGCCCAGGUUCGCCCCAAGAACAACCUCUAUGCCAACAAUCAACCUCAGAUCAACCCGUAUUCUCAGAGCCAAGGCCACAGCAACCCAUACUACACGCAGGACAAUGGAAGACAGUUCAAUUAAUGAGAAAGCACAAAGGUUUAUCCUACAGUGACAUUUGCCCAGAUCAAAAGUUUUGGUGGAGACACCUCAGAAUUCUUAUUUUUCAUCUUUUUUGCUCAGAUAACUGAAUACCAUUAAUACAUUACAAUGGUCCAAGAUGUAUAAACGGAAGCAAAAUCGUUUUGUGCAAUGGCUGAAUAAAUGUGCUGUAGUGAGAACUCUAUUCUACUAAUUAUAAAUAAUCCCUGUCCUUUGUUAUAGUUAAGGAUAUGAGAUACAAUGUAGCUUUGUUCAAAGGUUUCUAUUAAAUAUUUUCAUUAUUGAUCAAUUUAAAUAUUAUGCUCUUAAGAAUGUCUAAUUGUUAAAUGGCAUUGAAACCCAGAAAUGAUGAGUUGUUUGAUAUCAUUCUUGCCCAGAAUAUGUCUUGCUUUUCUAUGAAUUUACAGGUAAUCAUUUUGUAUGUAACAUGUGUUAUGUUUAUGAUGCACUCAGUUUUCUUUUAACAGAUUAUGAUUAGUUAUUCCUUCAAAUAAGGUUGUGUUAGAUCCCUCUAUGUAUUUUAGUAUAAUUUAUGUAAAAUGUUUAUAUUAAAAUUGUUUGAUGUUCUAUUUUGUACAACUGAAAGUAUAUUUUGUUUAUUUUAACCACUUUCAUGUCCAAAUGAUACCAAACUGGUAUUCAAGAGGAAAAAAGUAAGAUAGUAAUAGUUAUAUAUAGUUAUAUAUACCACCUAUUGUAUUAGUUUGUCCUUGUCACACAUAUCUAUAUGAUUUUCAAAAUAAAACGUGUAUUAACUGGUACAUUAAAACCUAUUUUAAAAUAAAGGGCUUUCCACUU